GUGAAAACGGCCGGGGACGAGCCAGUCAUUGUAAAUGACGUGAGUUGAUUUAUGUGCCGAAUGACAGUGAAUGAUGUAGGGAUAACUUUUAUGAUGAUCAAAUCACUACGAAAAUGAAAUCUUUAUCUGCCGACGCACCAGCCUUUGUGCCGGGGACAGCCUGGGAGGGUCACCCUGCCCAGCCUCAGCAGCAGUGGUCUGACUCUGGACCUGCCGAGUUUGUGCCAGGCAAGCCUUGGCCAGGGGUCAAUGGUGCCCCCGCACCACAGCCGCAGCAGUGGUCCAAUGGUAGCGAACAGCCCCCAUAUUUUAACAGCAGCACAGAGCCGGAUUUUGUCACCAUGGUGAAGGACGUACUGUUCAGUCUCAGUGUUAGCCCGGGGUUGUUUGAAGACUACAUGAAGUCUAUGGUGGAGCACCUCAACGCAGCCGUCAGGUCCAACAAAGAUUUAGGCCUCAUAGCCGACAUCAUUUUUGAGCAGUCUGUGCUGGAGCCCAACUUCAGAUACACCGGUGCAAGGGCCUGUGACUACCUCAUCUCCCACCUAGAACUUCCACCAGCCAUUACCAAAUUCCGUAGCCAUAUUAAUCAAAGAGUCAAAGAGGCUGUUGAAAGCAGAGAAGCCAUGGCCAGGGACCCCAACAAGCUGACAAGGUUACACGGGGCCACCAUGUUCCUCGCCGAGUUGUUUCUCAUAUCAGAGGUUCAUGUGCCAGAAGCAAAGGGACCCCAGAGGAUAGAUGUAUACCGUGUAGCUCUGAGUGAGCUCAUGGACACUCUACUUAACAGUGCCAGCGACGAAAACCUGAAAUGUCUCGGCCUACUUCUAAAGCUCUCAGGGAAAGAAAUUGAAGAUUACGACAGGGAGCAGAACAACAAGACGAGUUCUGAACAGCUGAGCAAAAUAUUCCUGAAAGCCAGACAGUACGUCACGAAUCAGGCCGUCGACAAGAACGUGCGGGAGCUGUGGCUGCAGCUAAUUGAGCUGCGGGCGAAGCGGUGGGGGCAAGGCAGUGGGGCAUCCUACAGCGGUAGCACCACGGCCCCGCCACCUGCUGGCAGCAGCGGUUACAUGUCGGGCGGUGGAGACACCGCACCUGCCAUGUUCAGCAACCAGCCAGUAUUCUAUGAUUCACAGGGUAAAGUCAUCUCAGCGGCCGAGGCAGGCUUCGGAGAUGAGUAUGACGGUGAUUUGGAGAACUGGGCGUAUUACCAGACUACGGAAGACGACGGCUCGGCUGACCCCUACACCGACUACGCGCCGUCAUCAACGGCCGACCCGUACGCCGAGUACGACUGGGAUCCUAGUCACUACCAGCAGGAGCCCGCUGCAGAACUUGACUACGCCGACGACCUUGAUGAGCUUGAUGCUGAAAUCCAGAAAGCAUUCAGCGACUUUCUAAUCGAAACGGGACAAGGAGACCACUGAUGAAUAACCCACGAGUAACAUGAAUAUGUAAAAGAAGAAGUUAAAAUAUUGAACAACAUUCAAGCAUUGUUGACAUGCUUCCAUGUGAAGAUUGGAUGAUUGAAGUGAUGUAAUGAAUAAAUUGUAACAACUAAUGAAUAUGUAAUUUAGAUAUCAAUGGUUAAAAGUGAGCAUCCCAGAGGUAUUGGAAAUCAGUUCAUAGCCAAAAAAUGCCUGCAAAAUUGACCCGCUGCGUAUUUUGCAGUCGAAUCGUUCAGGGGAAAGGGUUUUCCUAAAUAAUGCAAGGUCUGGAAAACUCGCGACAGAAGUGGUUCAUCUGCUCUGUGCAUAAAAUUGCCAUUUGGUUUGGCAAUGGACUGGCGUCUUUCACAUUCAAAGGGAUACAGUGGGCCCUCUUUCACAUGGGCUUUGUCCUAAAAGAGCAGGGGGGGGGUGUUAGAAUCUCCCCCCCCCACACACACUUUCUCCGACAUUGUUACAGCGAAUUUUUUUUACCCUGCUUGAACCUUCAGGGUUGUUUAAUUAAUGUCGCGCGGUCAUUUUUUGACAUCAGUUCUGUGAAAGUGGGGCAUGCGUUCUCACGAAAUGCUCAUUUUGCUGAAAACAGGUCAGCCGAGCAUGUGUACUCUUUCCAUUGACAUGAUCAAUUCCCCCCCGGCUGACGCGCAUGAGGCCAUGAACGUCAGAUGACUGUAACAACAAACCAUGUGUGAGUUUGAAUUGACACUGCACAGACGUACCUCUAGCGAGUGUCUACACCUGCAUGCCAAGUGCCAAGCCUGAAUCUCUUUGCAUUGAAAAACAUUAAUGUACUUAGUGCACUCUCUAUCGCUGGUCCUAUGAGGGAACAGAAACUGAAAGAAACUUCCCAUCAUGUUGAGUAAAUUGGCUUGUGGCUAGCACCCACAUACCAAAGAUAUUGACGAACUAAGUGGUAAGAACCCUGGAAAUCUGUCGCUGAGGUCCCAGGUUCAAAUCCUGCUCCAGUCGAUUUCUCUGUACAGUAUGUAGCUAGUUUGCCCGUAUUGGAUGAGAAAUGUCAGUGUUUGGACUUCCGAGAAUGCACAUAGUGGAUCGGACAAGAAUAAUUUGAUAGCGUUGCGUCCACUCGGCCAAAGGUUAUUAAAAAUAUGGGGGUUUUACGGCUGUACAAUUGGAACUGAUGUAUCAAAACGUAUUUGAAAUGUGGCAUUAAAAUGUACAGGUACAUGUUUUGUCGUAAUUGUUCAAA